UAACACACACAACACAUCUUGUGGCCAUCACACAUUCCAGAACCGAAACCAGAUCACUUUUCGCCCGCAGUUAACCACAAAAGCACCGCAAACAUGCAGAUCUUCGUCAAGACUUUGACCGGCAAGACCAUCACUCUCGAGGUUGAGAGCUCCGAUACCAUCGACAAUGUGAAGAGCAAGAUCCAGGACAAGGAGGGCAUUCCUCCGGACCAGCAGCGCCUCAUCUUUGCUGGCAAGCAACUUGAGGAUGGGCGGACCCUUUCCGACUACAACAUUCAGAAGGAGUCCACCCUCCAUCUUGUGCUCCGUCUCCGUGGUGGUAUGCAAAUUUUCGUGAAGACUCUCACCGGCAAAACCAUCACCCUUGAGGUAGAGUCUUCCGACACCAUUGACAAUGUCAAGUCCAAGAUUCAGGAUAAGGAGGGUAUCCCACCAGACCAGCAGCGAUUGAUCUUUGCCGGCAAGCAGCUUGAGGACGGUCGUACUCUCUCAGACUACAACAUCCAGAAGGAGUCGACGCUGCACCUUGUGCUCCGUCUGCGCGGUGGCAUGCAAAUCUUCGUCAAGACGCUUACGGGCAAGACUAUCACGCUAGAAGUUGAGUCGAGUGACACAAUCGACAACGUCAAAUCGAAAAUCCAAGAUAAGGAGGGCAUCCCGCCAGACCAGCAGCGAUUGAUCUUCGCCGGAAAGCAGCUAGAGGAUGGCCGGACACUGAGCGACUACAACAUUCAGAAGGAAAGCACCCUGCACUUGGUACUGCGCCUGCGUGGUGGCCAGUAGACGAUUUGGGGUGUAUUGCGUUUGUUACGACUUUAUGAGCGAGGCAUGACCGCGGUUAGCCGGUAGCCAAGAUACUAGUUAU